AUGAACGCGAAGAAUGACGCGAGCGAAAGCCUGCUGUGCGGAGGGGAGGACAUUUCUGCGCUGGUGGUCGACUUGGGGUUCAGCACGACGAAAAUUGGCCACAACCAGGAGGACACCCCCAGGGUGUUUUUGAGGAGCACCUGCGGGGAGGACGUAUCACCUGAUGGGGGAAGCCCCCGUGGGGAUCCCUCCCCGAAGCUGAAAUUCCCUCUAAACCUCCACAACCCAAAAGAGCACCUGCGGAUAAAACCCCUCUUCGAGAGAAACCCAGUAGACAACACAACGCACAUGAACAGCGACGUAUUCGAGAGGAUCUUACGAUAUGGAAUUGAAGGAGUAGAGUCAAAGAGAGUCUUCCACUGCUCAGAUGAGAUUCCCACCCCGGUGAAGUUGGGUGGACUGAACUUAAAAAUUGAAGAACACCCCAUUUUGCUGUCCGAAGAAAACAUACACAAUCACCGAGUGAGAGCAGAGAUGACCGAAAUACUGUUUGAGACUUUUAAUAUCCCUGCAGUAUACUUUGCGAAGAAAGCCAAGUUAACUGCCUUCAGCUUGGGUCGCAGCAAUGCACUCGUGAUAGACAUUGGGGGUAGCUCGCUCAAUGUGACCCCCGUGUAUGAGGGCUACGUGCUGCAGAGGAACUCCCUCCAGUUUGGCGUCGGCGGGGAUUACUUUGACCGCCUGAUUUACGGCAUGCUGAGGAAGGACCAAGUGAGGGUCGUCCCCUACUAUGAGCAGGGGCGGGGGGGGAGCGGCGGUUUGGGAAGCGCCUCGGCCAGCUGCUCACCCAGCUGCUCAUUUAGCGGCGCGACUCACCACCCCAAUGUGCACAGCUCCUACGAGGAAGAAGCCAUCUUGGACGUCAUCCGCUACAUGAAGGAGAGCAUCUGCAAAGUGCGCGUGGCACAUCAGAGUUCCGCUAAUAAAAAGAGCGAAACCACCUCAGGGGGGUUGAAAAAUGGAAAGGAGGUGGAACCCACGGGGCAAACACAUAACGGUGCAAAAAAUGUUAAUGCACCCAAGUGGCAAACGGGGCAAACCGAAGAAGAAGAAUUCUUCGAAUUACCAGAUGGAGUGAAAAUAAAAACAGACAAAUACAGAUACGACAUUGCAGAGGAAUUAUUUCGUGCCGUUCCAUCGGCUCAUAAUUUUAAUGGACUUCCGGAAGCCAUCGUAAACUGCAUCAUCUCGUCUGAUGUUGACAUACGAAAGGAAUUGCUGCAGGCCAUUAUCGUCACGGGGGGAUCUUCUCUCUUCCCCGGGCUGGUCGAUCGACUGUACAAUUCGCUGAGGGAGAAGGAGUGCUUUUCGCAGAGCAUCAAAAUGAAGAUUCUAAACAUGACGUCGUCCGUGGAGUGCCUUUACUCGUCCUGGCUGGGGGGCUCCAUACUGGCCAGCCUGGGCACCUUCCAGCAGCUGUGGGUUUCCCGGGCGGAGUACGACGACGCGGGCCACGCCAUCGUCUCCGACCGCUGCUUUUGA